AAUAUUGAAUUACGAAAAUACCCUUUUCCUAGCAUUAAGUGUUUACGUGAUAAUCUAUCAUGAAAAACUAAAAACCGAUUUUAUGUAAAUAUGCAAUAUUAUUAAUAUUAAAUAUUAAUACGUUGCUAUUUUGAUACUUAUCAUAUUUAGCUGUAUUAUUAAAUUUUAAGACUAAUUAAAUUCGUUAAUACUUUACAAUAUAUAACGAUUUUACAUUUAAAAUGGCAGUACCAUCACCUAGAUCGCCAGAACAAUCUGAACGAAGUCGAAAAUAUGACCGUCAACUAAGAUUAUGGGGUGAUCAAGGUCAGCAAGACUUAGAAACUGCUCAUGUAUGUCUAAUCAAUGCAACUGCAUUAGGAACUGAAAUAUUAAAAUCUUUGGUCUUACCUGGUAUUGGAGCUUUUACUAUAAUUGACAAUGAAAUUAUAACUGAAGAAGAUGUAGGUUCUAAUUUCUUCCUUACUGCUGAUAGAAUUGGAGAAAAAAGAGGAUCAGUUGCUUCACAACUCCUCUGUGAGUUGAAUCCAGAUACUAGAGGUCAUUUUAUUGAUGAAUCUUUAUUAAAGUUAUUAGACCUAAAUCCUAGUAUGUUUAGUACAUUUACCGUUGUUGUUACUGCAUCAUUACACGAAAAAGAAAUAAUUGAAUUAUCACAUAAACUGUGGGCUUAUAAUAUACCUCUUUUAGUAUGCCAAAGCUAUGGAUUUUUUGGUUCUAUGAGGCUCCAACUAGCUGAACAUACUAUGAUAAAAACUCAUCCAGACAAUCAAAAUCCAGAUCUACGGUUAGAUUGUCCAUUUGAAGCACUUAAAGAACAUUUUGAUUCUUAUGACUUAGAAUCUCUCGAUCUAACCAAUCAUUUACAUGUUCCAUAUCUUGUUAUAUUAUAUAAGCAUUUAGAAAAAUGGCGCAAUAAUAUUGGUAAUGCCAAUGCAUUACCAGAGACAUACAAAGAUAAACAAGUAAUUCGACAAAACAUCAAAAAUAGUAUAAGAAAACAUGAUAAUGGUACUUUAUAUCACGAAGAAAACUUUGAAGAAGCAAUUAGAUCAGUUAAUUUUGCCUAUAAUAAAACAUCAUUACCGAUAAAUAUUCAAAAUUUAUUCCAAGAUGAAAAAUUAAUAAAUUUAACCUCAAAUAGCCAACCGUUCUGGAUAAUGGUUAAAGCACUUAAAGAUUUUGUGGAUAAUGAAGGAUGUGGUAGGCUUCCAGUUCGCGGAACACUGCCUGAUAUGACAGCUGACACUUUUAAAUAUAUCAGUUUACAACAAUU